CUGUGUCCUCCUGUCUCUGCAGGAUGUCUUGGCCCGCUCUCUACACUCAGUUAGUGGGUGCAAACCGUCACUCCACCAGCCUGGGGAAAGUCUGGCUCUCCGUGCUCUUCAUCUUCCGCGUCAUGGUGCUGGUUGUUGCUGCUGAGAGCGUGUGGGGGGACGAGCAGUCUGACUUCACCUGUAACACCCUACAGCCGGGCUGUGAAAACGUCUGCUACGACCAGUUCUUCCCAGUCUCCCACAUCCGCCUCUGGUGUCUUCAGCUUCUCUUCGUCUCCACGCCAACACUUCUGGUGGCCAUGUAUGUGGCCUUCAGGAACCAUAGAGAUAAGAAGAGGCUCCUACAGGGUUCUGGUAAGGCUGGUUUUCUCGGGAACAAAGGCCAGGAGGUGGAACUGGAGACCCUGAAGAGACGGAGACUCCCGAUCGCCGGCGCCCUCUGGUGGACAUACGCCUGCAGCCUGGUCUUUAGACUGCUGUUUGAAGGAGGCUUCAUGUACGCCCUGUACGUCGUGUACGACGGCUUCCACAUGCCACGCCUCGUUCAGUGUGACCAGUGGCCGUGUCCUAACCUGGUGGACUGUUUCAUCUCUCGCCCCACCGAGAAGACAAUCUUCACUGUCUUCAUGGCCACCGCCUCCUCCAUCUGCAUGGUUCUAAACAUGGCUGAACUCGCCUAUAUCAUUGCCAAGGCUGUCACUAGGUAGAGGUGUUAAUCAGUCAGGAGUCAAAACGAGAGGAACACGAGCAGAAGAUCCAACAGAGAGAGGACGCAGAGUAAGACAAACCAGAAGUUAGCCGUCUCAACCUGACAGAGCAGCAACAAGGUGGAUGUUACAACAGACAUCUGAAAGACUUGAAAAACACUCAAAAGCUGCAUUUACAUGUGAAAAGUCCAAAUGUGAAUGUGUAAAUACAACUGAACAUUUUCUAUGAUACCCGGGUCCAAAGGGUGGAGAGGAUGGAAUCAGGAGCGUCAUUCAAAAAUGUAGAUCGACAUGAAGACGCCUGAGAUUGUCUCAGACGCCUGAAGUGUUUAUUUUUUUUAUAUUUUACUGGA